GAAGGAGACUUAGGAGAACAGUGGGCACUCCGCCAUCUGUGUGUAAGUAACUGGAAACCCGAGAGAAAAAUAAUAUUCUCCGUUACCCACCGGUGUUGAUGUGUCUGUGUUAUAUCAGAAGGAAAAUUAGUUACUGCUGAAUACUUCUUCACAGCGUCCCCAGUAAAUGCAGCAGCAGUGUCCAGUUGUAAGUAGAUUUGAAGUAUUACCGCCCUGGUUUGUUUACAUCCACCACCAUCACCAACCCAGUCACGCUCGGCGACACCUGUGGCGGGCUUGUUAAGCUUGCUGACCAAGAAGUGGCCUUGACAACAUAAUCUGUCCUUCUACCAUGUGAUCUUUCAAGGAAAUGGUUGAUACAAGAUUGUGACCAAUCAAGAAUGCCUGACCUAAAUUCCACUCAGCUGUGGAAAGGACAUUGGUGGUGCAGAUAACAUAUGUUUGUGCAAGAAGAGAACUUAGCCUCCAUCUCCAGUUGUGUAAGUGUAUUCAGACUUACUUUCAGAAAUCUAAAUCCAAGUGAGUUAUAUACUAGAUGGGCUCUACACAAUCAAUAGCAGUCCAGAUUAUAAGGAGCCAUUAGAACAGUUUGUGUCUCUAGCUUCAGUAAUAUGGAAGAUUCAUUGGAGGAAGGAGAGUCUCAAAGUAAUUCUGUAAAAUCAUCUCUCUUGUUUGAGGAUGAAGGCACAGCCAGCCAUUGUGACCUUAAGAAAAUGGAGAAGCAAGGUGACAAGAGUGAGGCAGACCAAAAUGUUUUACAGAAUGAGAGUGAGAUAGUGCCAGAAUGCAUUCAGGAUAACUCUGGUACUAAGCUGAGUGACGGAGGGAGUGGAGGUGACUGUUCUAGUGAGGGAGGCAUGAUGAGUGAGUGUGCUAAUGAGAACAGAGAGAAAGGGAAGGGUAUUGAAAGUAUUCAUGAUGGUGAAAAUAUCCAAAGUGAAGCAGAUGGUGAAGAUAACGAAGUAGAUGAGCCUGAAACUUCUUCCGAGACAUUGGAUGUUGCCAAAGAAAAUGAUGAUUCAAAUGAAAAUUGGGAUAUUUUUGAAGGGGUGAGAGAGGUUAUAGGAAGCCACUCUGCAACACAUGAGGGUGAAAGUGAUGUAGAUGAGAACAAUGAAGAAAAAGCUGCUGAGAAUACAUUUCAUGUUGGCGAUGAAAGUAACAUGAACUCUGACUCAGGAGGUUUUGAGAAUGAAGAAAACAACCAGAAUAUGAGUAGUUUCAUCUUGGAAAGUGAUGAGAAUGAAGAGGAUAGUAAAAGUAUGAACAUCUCUGGUUCAGAAGGUGAUGAUAAUAGAGAGGAUACCCAAAAUAUGAAUAGUUUUGACUCAAGUGUCGGUGAUAAUGAUAUUAGUUUAUAUUUAAGCAGUUCUCCUGAAAUGGAAGUCAGCAAAAAUGAAGAAACCAGACAAACAGUGAAUAAUUCUGUCAUUGAAGGUGGUGAAAAUGAAGAGGCCAGCCAAGCAAUUAAUAGUUCUAGUUUGGAUGACAUUGAAAAUGAAGAUGUUAGCCAAAGUACAAUUAAAUCUGACUUACAAGACAAUGAAAAUAGAGAGAACAAUCAAUCAAUGUCUAGUUCUGGCUUGGAAAGUGAAGAAAAUGAAGAAAACAGUCAAGUGAUGUGUAAUUCUGGCAUGGAAAGCAAUGAAAAUGAGAACUGCCAAGUGGUAACUGGUUCUGUCAUGGAGGGCAGUGGAAAUGUGAAUACUCUGAUUAGAAUGGAAGAAGGUAACAGGAUGGAAGUAGUGAAUGAAAAUAGUUCAGAAAUUAAACAUAAUAUGACUUUCCCUGAUGGAGAAAAAGAUAAUAGUGUGCUGAAUGAGGAGGACACUCAAGAAAGUAACAAGGAAGGGAAUACAGAAGAGGAGAGUGAUAUAGAGACAAAAAAUAAUGCUAACAGCUAUGUUAUCCAAGAGCAACUUGAAGACUUUGCCAAAGAAACACAGGGCUGCCUUGGGGCUAAGGAAUCAAGACUGAAAGACACACAAGAGCACUCCAUGAAAAGAAGUUUAGUAGAGGAAGAAAAAAUAGCUGAAUCAGAUAAUUCUGUACAGAAUCCUGAAAUAAGUGAACAACAAGAGCAGGAUUUGAGAAUAAUGACAGAGGAAAAAGAAAAGGAUACAGAACUGGCAAUUGAAUCAAGAAGAAAAGAAAAAGAGGAAGAGGUGCAGUCUGAAGCAGAACAAGAAGGGAUGGAAACUGAAGGGUAUAGAGUAGAGGGUGAGGAACAAGGUGAAAGUAAAGGAGUUACAAUUCAGGGAAAGGAUGAGGAAAAUAAGACUCCAACAGAUGCAGAAAAUGACAAAUUUUGUGAAAAAGAACAAUUAGAGAAGGAAGAAAGAUAUAUAGAUGUGCAGGAAAUUAAUGUAAAUAAAGAGAAUGACAAAACACAGAAAUCAGUAGACAAAGAACUUGAACAGUCAAAUAGAAGAGAUGCAGCAACAGAGGAAAGUGACAUAGGCAGAGGCAAAGACUGGAUUACCACAGUUGAUCAUGAUGAGCCAGAUAAAGAUGCACAUCAUUUAGAUCAGUUAAAUAUGAAUGAACAGUCACUAAAACUAACAAAUGAGACUAAAUCAAAACCACAGCAAGAAAAAAUAGAUACAGAUAUGCAUGAAGUGACACUAUCUGAAGAUGUGCAGAAUCAAGCUGGUGCUGAGGAGAUAACUGGGAAAAAUACUGAUCAGCACGAGGGAGUGAAUGUGACGAAAGAUAUGCUAAAUCAGGUUGACAAACACAGAAUAGCUGGCAAGGAUGUGAGUGUGAAGGCAGAUACAUCACAAGAAUCAACUCAAGAGGAAAUAUCACAGAAUCCAAAUGAGGAAAUUGGAUCAGAAUCCCAAGAAAUUAAGAAAAAUGAAAUCAGUUGCAGAAGCAGGGAAGAAGAAAACAUAAGUGAAAAGGUGAUGGUGCAACAAAGUGGAACUACAAAUCAAGCUACAGAAAAAAUGGAUGAAGUGAUGGUAGUGUGUCAAAAUACAUCUACAAGUCAAGUUAGUAAGGAAUCAGAACACCCUGGAGGAGAGACCAGCAGUAAAUGUGAUAAUUCUAGAACAGUGAAGCAUAAAGACACUGUCACUGCAGCUUCAGCAUGCAAAAAGAAGCUAAGCAGCUCAUGCAGUGAAAACACAGUUACUGGUAAGAUGUCACCUGGUCAGCAAAACAUAGCCAAAAAGUCCUUUAGUAAAAAGACACCAAGAGCUGCAGUCUACAGACAGCAGCCAUCCACACUGAAAACAUGGUCAGAGGAGCAAAAUGCAGAAGACUCGGAUGAUUUGGAUAUUGUGGUACUCUCAGAAACUAUUAAGAAACCUGUGAACCCUAUAAAGUUUGCUGGAAUAACCCUGGUAUGCAAUACAUGUCACUAUCUGUGGAAUGACGAGGUACUGAAUGCAAUCUUUGAUGGCAACAAGAGUGUGACAGUCAACUCAAAAAUUACCUAUGGGGCCAUCAUGUGCUUCAGUAGUUAUGCAGAUGUUCAUUAUCCACAGAACAAGGAAAAGGCAGUGAGAAAUGUCCUAGAGCGAGCUGACCUGGGGAAGAACAUCGGAAAUAUGAAGAUACAAGAAGUUGUUGAGUGGCUGAGGUACUUGAUGAGAACUGGGUCAGUGACUUGUUGUACAGUCUUUGAUGCUGUGUACAACCCGAAAACUGCUGAUGUGAUGCUGUCAGCCUUACUAAGUACAGAGCCUGCAAGUCAAAAGGAAAAUGAAACUUGGAAAUCAAAGCAGCAAAGUGCAAGUAAGGUUAAGGGAAAGACUCCCAAAAGCCAGAGUAGCUGCACAUCCAAAAAAAAACACAGAGCUGGAGCAUCUUCAAGGAUAACCACACUAUCCACCAAUACCACUAGUGCCAAGAAAAUUACUCCAUCUCAGCUAAGUGAAGCCAAGAAAGUUCAAGGCACUAAUGUUAGGGGCAAUUCAAGUACUCAGCCCAAGAAACUUACAACCACUUUGGAAAAGCAAGAUAUGCAUCCUAGUGAAACAUCUGUUACCUCCCCUAUGGAUGAUUCACAGAGUUUGAACAAAAACCAUGUUAUAAAGGAGUGCAGUGUUUACCUGGGAAAACCUGUGGCAAUAUCAUCACAACAAAGAAUAUGUUCUCCUGUCAGCAGCUCAUCUGACAGAUCUUCAGCUACAAAACGGCCCCUUACAGAGGAAGAGGAUAAAAUGUUGCAAUCCAGGAAGAAAGGGAAAAGUUUGAGACGUUCAUUGAGUCAUGAAGAAUCAACUGAUACAAACAGUUCGUCAGAGUCAAGUGUUAAAGAUGCUGUUGAGUUGCCUCUGAAUGAAAAUUCUACUACAGACUUGUCUUCAGAGUAUGCUAGCAAAGGCUCCUUUAAAGAUUCUGAUGAGAAUAACACAAUGUCUGAAUGGAGUGAGAGUAACCUGGAUGCAUCAGAGAAUGAGGAAAGCUCACUAGAGCACUCAUCUGACAUUGUCACUAUGAAAUCAUCAAAUCACUUGGCUGAUAAGAAGAGCAUGACUGAAUCAGAACAAAGUACUGCAAAAGUGAAGGAAGAUAUUGGUGAAAAGGACCAGAUGAAAGCAGAAGGAAAUAGGAAGGGCAAAACUAAACUAGAUGACAGAAGUGAAGCAGUUGCAAGACACAAUAACAAAGAUAUAAAGUGUUCCAACAGGAAAGAGAAAAUUGGUAAAACUAAUAGUAAAGAUGCAGAAGAUCAGACACUUGCACACAAAUCAGAGGCCUCCCCAGAUGAUGCUGUAAGUAACAUUAUCAAGUCACAAGAUCAUAGCAGAGAUACUGAAGAAUACGACUUACAAAGAAUCAACAGGAAUGAGGAAGCAGAGAAAACCAUGACAAAUGAUACAGAAGUUAGAAAACAUGAGAAAUGGGAGAGAAAUAAAGAAGCAAACAAGACAAAUGCAGGAACUGAAAGAUGUGAGAAGAAUGAGAAAAGUGGGGAUGUCAACACUGAUGAAGAAACUGAAAAGCAUGACAAAAAUAAAGAAACUGAGAAAAGAAACAUGAAAGAAAAGAAUGAGAAAACUGGGGAUGUCAACACUGAUGAAACAACUAAAAAGCUUGACAAAAAUGAGGAAACUGAGAUAAAAAACAUGAAAGAGAAGAAUGGGAAAACUGGGGAUGUCAACACUGAUGAAGACACUAUAAAGUAUGACAAAAAUAAGGAAACUGAGAAAAGAAACAUGCAAGAUGCAAAAGCUGGACAUGAAAAACAUGACAGAAAUGAAGAAGAUAUGGAAGAUGCAGAAAUUGAAAGACAUGAGAGAAGUGAGGAUUUCAUCACGAAAGAUACAGAUAUUAAGAGACAUGACAAAACUAAGAAGAUUGGUGAGAUUAACAUGAUUGAUGAUGAACAGGUUGUGUCCACUGUUGAAUCAGUAGGAAAUACAGCCGAGCAUGAAGACCUUGGUGAAAAGGUCAAAAGGCAUGACAGAAAGAAUAUUGAACUUUUGAGUGGAAAUACAGAAUCUGAGGAUGCCAACAUGAAAGAUGCAAAAGAACAAACUGUCAUAGAGAAACAAGAUAUUUCCUCAGGUAUAUUAUCAGGAAACGGCUUUACAAAUCAGGUAAAAAGAUCAGCUGAGGGCUCCAGUACCCAUUCUUCAAAGAGGCAAAAGUUAUCAGAUGAAGCAAGAGAAAAGUCACCAGGAGACACACAAACCCAAGAAACCAAGAAUCUCACUGAAGUUGUGGAAGGAGUGCCAUCAGAGCUUCAGAGGAGGACAAGGGCAAGGAUUGAAACUCAACGUUUGUGCUCAACUGAUUCAAAAGAAUCAGAAAGUUCUAUGCCAGCUUCAUUUGAAGGUAUGGAAAACUCUCCUUCAAGUGAGCUGUCUCCAAACUGUGAGUCCUCUGAUGAGUCUGAUGAAAAUACCAGCAAGCCAAGACUUGUAUCUAAAGAAAAGACAGAGGAAAAGAUUUUGAAGAGUCCAAGAGUCUUGAGAUCCAGGUCACAAAGAGCAGUAUCCAAGAAAUUUGUGUCUUCCAGUGAGACAUCAUCUGACAGCAAUGACCAGCCAAUGUCUACAGAUGAUUCGGUGCCUCAGUCAAGAACUUGUAUUGAUUAUCAACCUGUGGCAUCUGCUAAAAGCAAUGAGGAAUCUGAGAAUAUAUUGGUCCAAAAGUUAGGGCUAAAUAUCAGUGCCAUUGAUUUGUACUGCAAUACUACGGAUAGUAAGAUGCCCACCAACAGAGACAUGGCAAAUAUUCCUCGACAAAGAGGCAGACUCAGUAAAGCUUUGGAAGCCAUGUUAAGGGAACGUUCAAACUUGGAUGGAGUUGCAAAAGAAGCCUUUGACUUGCUUCCAUAUGAACAUCACAAUAUAAUAGGUCCUGCGAAUAACAAAGAACGUUAUCUCACAAACCAGGAACUUCUUGUGUUGCAAAACAUUUGUGUCCUCAAUCCUGAAGCUCCUGAUGUGGACAUGUUCUAUCAGAUCCUGAUUCAGGUGCUGCUGGCUCGCAGGCAAGUGUUACUGGUACCCAAUAGCCUUGCUCUCCUGGUGGUGGCAGAGAAGGUCCGCAGGGAGUUCAACCGUGCAAAGAGAAAAGGAAACCACAGUGAAUAUUUAGCUCAAGACUGGGAUCCAUGCAAAAUCUACACAACUGAGGAUUUCUGGCUUGCAGAGAAGAAACCUCCAAAGGUACCUACUGUCCGAACUGUGCUGUCCAUAUUCUGCUUAUGGAAGAACUUGGAGAAGCGUGUCCCCAUCUCCCUUCCCAUAGCAUUAGAGGAGCUGUGUAGGAAUCUGGUAUUAUGGGAUGUGGACAAAAUAGGAAUAUGUGUAAAACUUUACUCAAGGUAUUGCACUUUCCUGUAUGAAGAAAAAAAUCCAAGCUUGGCUGAAAUCUUCCUGAAUCAACCAUUUAUUGGCUCCAAGACCAAGCUGCAGAAGAAAUUGUUGUAUAGCAAGGAGGAUAAUUCUAAGGACAAUUCAGGAAACAUUUCAUCGAAACAUAACAUGAAUGUGACAGAAAAUGAUGUGCAAGCAUUGCUGAAGCAGUGCCUGGAGGCUGAAGAAGCUGCACUCCGCUCUUCUCAUCCUAGGGAAGAGGAGUGGUUCAGGAAAUGUGUUCAGGCUUUGAAAGACAAAGUAGAUGCAUAUAAGAAGGAAAUUCAGUUAAUUCAAAAAGUUACCAAGGAUACUGAAAAGAAAAAGUUCCAACUCCUCUCCAAGUUGAACAGCUCAGAGUAUGAGGACCUUCCACAAGACUUAGGCAAGACCACUGAGACUCUGUACCGCCUGCUGGCCAAGAGAACCACCAAGUUUGAAAUGUUGAAGGAGGCAGAAUACACAGCUGCCAAGGAGACCAACAAAGUGCCCAGGCUCUCCCCCUCUGUACUAAAAGUUGUUGACCUCGGGGAGGAUGUCUCAGAAAGUAUGAAGGAGCUGGUGUAUGAACUCCUUUUGAAUGAAGUGGAUGUAGAGGAGAUGAGGCCUGUGUUGUGCACCAUUGUGGAGAACAUGACCAAUGACAACCUUUCAGCUGUGCCUAGUAAUUCGUGGAUCAGAAAUUUUGCCCGAAUUACUGGGCUUAAGGUCAAACCUCGUAACAAUAUUGUGCUUUAAUAACUUUGUAUACGGUCUGUAGGGAUUUGAAAAUGCAAUUUUUAAGGAAUUAUGAAAUUAAAGAUUGGUCUGUCCUUAUGAUGUUUAAAAUUUUCUUAUGUAAAUUCAAUUAAUUAUUCUUGCCAUUCUCAAAGACAGUUUAUUUUAAUGUACUUGUGAUUUUGGAAUGUUUAUCAGGCAUGGUCUUGUUCUUGCUUUGUAUGCUGUGUUUGGAUAAGAUUUGUAUCAGUAUUACAAUAUAUUUUACUGUAUAA